CGCAGGCACGAGGUCGAUUGCCGCAGCAGCAUGCUCGAGACCACACCGCAGCGCUCGGUGGCCGUUGACAACAACGCGCAGCACGAGCUGCCGCCCAAGCACCUCGCCGACCUGCGCCGCAGCCCAUCCCGCCGCUCGCCUCGGCGCAGCGACGCCAGCAUGGCUGCGACUGGCGACACGUCGAGCACCCUUCGCCGCGAGUUUGCCCAGUCGCUGGAUAAGAUGACAGCGCUGCAAGCCUCGAUCGGCGCGUCCAUGCAGGAGGCCCACGACGCAGAGGUGCGCGAGCUCAGCCAGCGGCUCCAGGCGCUGCGCUCGAGCCACACGACCGACAAGGCCGCCUUUGCCUCUCUCUUGACAGCGCUCUCCAAGACGGCGACCGACAUCCAGGCGCAGCUCCACCAGCUUACGCAUCACGAAGCCAAGCGCGAUGCGUGGGACCAGCGCGUCGCCGCCAAGCUCCAAUUUGCCGAGACGACGAUCAAGCUCAACGUCGGCGGGCGGUACUUUGAGACGGCCAAGGCCAACCUGCUCCGACAGCCCGAAACGUACUUUACAGCGAUGCUCGCAAGCGACCUCUGGGCUCCCCGUGCCGACGGUGCGUACUUUAUUGAUGCGGACCCGGCGGUUUUUGAGCACAUCAUGGUCCAUCUGCGCGGCGACGAGAUGGCAUUUGACGCCAUGUCGCAUGCGAUGGCCUACCGCGUCCUCGGCAUGCUCGACUACUUUGGCGUUGACAUUGCUCUCUGGCAGCUGCCGGUGCCUGCGUCGGCCGUGGACCUCAGCCUCGAGCGCCGUCGGUUUGACCUUGCCUCGACCUCGUGGCAGCCCGUGCACGUGCGCGGCGAGUAUCCCUCGGUUCGGUACUCGGUGCAACUCAUUGAGCGCUCGACGCUCUGCUCGCGGCGCCCGCCCGUGGAUGCCAACCGCGGCCUCCGACGCAGCUCGAUUGCAAGCAGCAGUAAGCCGCCGUUUUCGCUGCGCAUUGGCUUUAGCAGCACGACCGAGCCAAGUGGUUGGGGCACGGAGUUUCAAGGCGAAGCUUUUGAAGCCGGCGACGUGCUCACGGUCGUCUUUCACAAGCCGUCGAGCACGGUGCAGUACCUUUUGAAUGGCACCGACGUGCCAAGCUGGACGACGACCAAAGGCGUCGCGUGGGGCUCCGGUCUCCUCUUUCCCUGCGUCGUGACCAACCUGCCGCUGCUUCAAAUGGCCCUUGUAUGAGUAAUAUACUGUCUGUGAAUAUCAAGUGUG